CCAUUCAGUUGCUUGUAAUAAGUGAGUAAAGACGUGAAUUUUACAAAAUAAAUAUAAUAAUAAUAAAGAAAUAAUGCAACAGGAAAAAAGUAUAUGUCAAAAAAAGUGUUUUGAAAUUAUUAAAAAAAAUCUCCGCUUAAAUAAUAUAGAUAAAAAAAAUUGCAUUUUUAAAUUUGUGCCACGAAAUCAGUCCGAAGGUUUUUUAGGACAAUAUUAUAGUCUUAAUGUCAAUUAUAAAAAUAAAAAAACAAAUAAAAUGGAAUAUUUAAAAUUUUUUGUGAAACUACCACCAUCGGAUGAAAUACAAAAUAAUUUUGUUAUGGAAAAUGGAUGUUUUCAAAUUGAAGUUGGGCUUUAUAUGAAAAUAUUACCAAAACUAUUAUCAUCAUCAUCAUCAUCAUCAUCAUCAUCAUCAUCAUCAUCAUCAUCGAUGGAAAUACAAUGUAUUCCAAAAUAUUUUUUUGGUACAGACAAUUGUAUUGUUUUAGAAGAUAUGGUGAAUUAUCAAAUUUUAAAUAAAUAUGAUUUUAUUUCAUUUGAACAUUGUGUAAUUGUUUUUCAAUUUAUUGCAUAUUUUCAUGCAAAAUCAAUAAUUUUUGAAAAAAAAGAAAAAAUCAAUAUUUACAAUUGGUGUCAUAGUGAAAAAAUAUUUAUCAAUUUAAAUGAUAAUAAUUUUCAAUAUACUUUAAAUUAUUUUGUCGAAAAUUUAAAGUUUUUAACAGAUCUUUUAAUAGAAAUUGAUGAAAAUAAACGUGAGGAAUAUAAAAGAAAAAUUGAAAAAAUUGGCUCUAAUCAUUUUAAAUUUACUGAACCAAGGAAUAAUGAAUUAAAUGUAUUGGUACAUGCCGAUUUAUGGACAAAUAAUAUUUUAUUUAAAUAUGAUGAAAAUAAAAAAGUCAAAGAAUGUUGCUUUAUUGAUUUUCAAAUGGCAAGAUAUUGUGCCCCUGCAUACGAUUUAUUAUAUUUCCUGUAUUGUACCACAUCAAAAAAUCUACGCCGCGAGAAACUUGAUAAUUUAUUAAGAAUUUAUUAUCAAACAUUAACUGAAUCAUUGAAUGAGGCAAAUUUAAAUAUACUCGAUAUUUUUCCAUUUGAGCAAUUAGAAAAAUCGAUAUCAAAAUUAAAAAUUCAUUGUAUGAUUCAAGCUUAUGCUACAAUGAGUGUUAGUCUUUUGGGAAUUGAUUCUACACAACAAAGAGUAAAACAAUUAAAACCACUGGAAAAUAUUGUAAUAAAUGAAUUUAAAAAUCAAGAAAUAUAUAAAAUGAGAAUGAGAGACAAUUUAUUAGAUCUUUAUUGUAAUCUUGAAGAAUUUAUUAUUUGAUUAAAAUAAAAUUUGUUAUAAAUUAUAUAUAUAUAUAUAUAUAUAAA